AUGAAUCUUCUUUCAUUGCCAUGGACACUUUCAGCGUUCUUACUUGUUGCAGCUGCAAAGCAAGCUCCGGCAGCGCUGGAAGCAUCAUACAAAGAACGGAUCGAACAGUUGCUGAACACUUCUGCAACCCUGGCAGCACGCCAUUUGUCAAAGCGAUUUUCGCUUACCACCAAUCUCUUCAGUGGGUAUGAGUUGGAGUAUGGAAAAGGAAGCAAAGCCAAAGCAGCCAAGUGGACCCAUGAUUGUUUGGGCAUAGCGACCUCAAGAGAUUCUGUAGAGAACUGCGUUCUUCGUCAAUUGCAGGCCUUGACCGCACUGUGUGAUGUGCCCAUGACCGCUGAUAGCAAGGAGAUUGCAGAGAAGCACUUAGGGCAUUUACUGCGAAGCCCAGAGAUUCCAGAGUUGGCCAUGAAGCUUCAAAAGAUGUCGGGAGCUUCAAUAUUUCUUGUUCGGAAAGAACCUGACGGGGAUCCUGGGGAUAUGGAUGCUAGUCCAGCCAUUCAAGCAAGUAUGCUGAUGGCAGCGGUGCGAUGUGGCCAAGCUUUAGGUCAGAAGCAGCACUUGGAUGACGCGGAGUCGUGGUUUCUGGGCUUGAGCACCAUUUACCCAGAAGACAUGUGGAAAAAAUCCUUCACUUCCUUUCAUCGCUCAGCAAUGACCUGGGAAUCCUUGGCGGUGACUGCUCUUCACAUUGGAAAGGACUCAUCCUUCCACCAGGGCCUUGAAGAGUACCUACAGCGUUUUGAGAUUUUUCUCCGGGACACUUGGGAAGAGAACAAAGAGCACUGGUCCUUCGCUUCUGCAAGGGCGCUUGCUGUCAGAUGGUUCUCGACAAAGAAGAAAAAGGAGAGGGUGAAGCUGAAACAGUGGGCUGUGGAACACGUGGACCGUUUUCUGGGUAGAUCGCAGGUUCAUCUUACGGACGGCCCGAAUGAUCGAAUAUCCAAGGGCAUUCUGGCUAGAAUUGGCGGUUCUCGAUACACCUGUGGGCCUUUACAGGGCUUGGCAUCCUUGGCAGCCAUCUUGAAAGAUGCCGAAGUGAUUCAAGUGGUACUUCAGCUGAUGGAAAAAGAUAUCACUCGCUACCAGAUCCAACCAUCCAAUCCAGGCCCCAUUCGAGGCCCCAUUCGAAAGCCGGCUGACCUGUUGGGCCUGUUGGGUGGUUUUUACAGGGAUGAUGAUCAGCUCCAGUUGGAACACCGCAAGACAUUGCGGGUUGAUGACACGGCCAUGUGUCUUAUAGCCAUUACUCACAUGCUUGAAACGUUGGCUUCCAUUAAGUCUGUGGUGGUCGAUGGUGCUCGAGAGGAUUUGUAAUUGAUCGUUGAAAA